AUGUUAGAAAGUGAGGAUUUCCCUAGAUCCUAUUUAAAAGAGGGAGUGAAAACUUUGGAUAAAAUAAAGAAGUCAGUUUUAUCGAGAUUCCAAAAAAAUAAAGCUAACAAACCAUCAAAGAUAGAUGAAGAAGAUAUAAGUGAUGGAAUUUAUGGAUCAAAAUGCACAGAUGACGUGAAAUUGCCCACUUUGGAUUCCAUUACUCCAGGGACGCUUGUUCUAGGAUCUGUAGCCUUAGUUUGUCCAUCUGGGUUGAGGAUUCACAUACUUAACAAUAUUGUCGGCUUUGCUAAAUAUUCUGACCUAUUCGAUUCAGCUGAUUCCGAUACAAACAACGGUGAUUUGGCCAAUGACCGAGAUAAUAGGUUGAGUUCUCCAAUCAAAAUUGGUUCUACAGUGAUUUGUUACGUUUUAAAGGUUAACUACAGUUAUUUAUCACUUAGCCUAAAGCCUUCCCUUAUUAAUAGAGAUUUGAGAGUUGAUAAUAUAUACCCGGGGCUGAUUUUACCAGCCACUGUUACAUCACAAGAAGACCACGGACUUUCAAUAACAUUUAACUCAGUAAGCGGGUUGAACGGGUUCAUAAUGUACGACGAGCAAGGCAGAGAGUCAGUGAAAAGUAUUUUAAAGUCAAGUUAUCCAAUAAACUCAACUGUAAAUGUAGCAGUGGUAACAGUAAACGCUGAAAGAGGAUUUGUUAAGUGUCAGUGGCCCUGGCUCUACAAGACCCCAAUUGAUACUGAAGCGGGUCUAGUAUUUGAUACACUAAAACCAGGACUUCUAUUAAAAGCCGAAGUGUUAAAUGUCCACAAUAUAGUUUUAGAGGGUUCAAGUAAGUCUGUUUUUGCAGGUUAUACUGUCAAGUGCCUUGGAUCAAUUAACGAAACAAUAUCUUCACUACACUCAUUUGCACAAACUAAUAUCUCAAAUGAAGUUGAAAUGGAGGAUUUCUAUAGUUUGGUAGGAGAAACGGUUGAAUGUAGAAUAAUACAAGUAGAUUUUGAGAAUAAAAAACUACACAUGUCAAUGCAGUCACAGAUACUUAAGUGGAAAGGACCAAUGGGUCAAGCCUUUAAACCCAUUAAUAAUAAGAUUAUAAACUGUAAAAUAACACAAUGCUUCAGCUCCGGAUUUUUACUGGAAUCAAUUCCUCCCACUGGUGACGACAUCAAUAAUUCAGAUAAGAGAGUUUUACACUGUUAUUGCGCUAUCCAUGAUGUGUUGGAUGACAAGUCAUUGACUGAGGAAACAAUAUUUUCAUCUAGCAAAUAUUCUGUAGGAUCAGUCCAUGAAUGCAGAGUUAUAGAAUUUGACUACUUCACAAGGCUAACGAGAGUAUCAAUGAAAAGUUCAUUGAUUAGCGAGGAGUACGUAACUCCAUUUGAACUAUCAGCAUCAGAUGUUGUAAAGGGUAAAAUUAUCAACCUUGUCAAUAGCGGUGCCAUAGUGCAAAUUUCAAGCUUAGUGUUCGGAAAAGUACCUCUCGGCCACCUCACUCAAGUUCCAGUGACGAAAUUACCCGAAGGCCUUAAAGUUGGAAGAAAUCUCAGACUAAGAGUACUUAAAUUCGACCAUGCCCACAAUAAACUCAUUUUAACAGCCAAAGGGCUUAUGCUAGAUGACACAGAUCCUGUGGUUAAAUUCGAACAAUUGCACGUUGGGAAAAAAUUAAUAGGCUACGUUACGAUCGCAAAGGAUACUUUGUAUACAACUAAUGGUUUGGAUCCUCAAUCUGCAAAUUCAGAUGAACUGGAAGAACCAAAAGUUGGCAAAGGAAACCAGAAGAUUUAUGUAAAAUUCUAUAAUGAGCUGAAAACAGUUUUAAGUCCAGAGGAAGUCAAGAAAGCUAAAGAGUUAUCUAUGGAUUUAAAUACUGAUUCGGUUGUAAAAUGCGCUGUUACAAGAGUUGACCGAGCCAAGAAGGUCUUUUCAGUGACCUUAGAUGAGCUAAAAAUAUCAAAAUUAUUGGAAAACAAGGAUACCACAAAAAAACCUAGAAGGGAAAAGAGGAAACUACUCUGUAAACAAAUAUUUAAGGAUUAUAAAAGUAAAAAGAAACUCAAGAAAAAUUAA